AUGAAGACCGCCGCUGCGUUUGCGGCCCUGCUGGGCACGGCCGCUGCCGGCGUCCACAAGAUGAAGCUUGAGAAGGUCCCGCUUGACCAGCAGCUCCAAGCCGCGAGCAUCACCGACCAGGUCAAGGCGCUUCGUCAUAAAUACACCCAGAAGUUCAUGGGCGGUCCAUCUGAGGACAUCUUCAAGCACACCGCGAUCGAUCUGGACAAGGAUCCCCACAAUGUCCCCGUCGAGAACUUCCUCAAUGCUCAAUACUUCUCGACCAUCGCUCUUGGCUCACCACCGCAAGAGUUCAAGGUUGUGCUCGACACCGGAAGCUCCAACCUCUGGGUUCCCAGCUCCUCUUGCGGUUCCAUCGCCUGCUAUCUUCACCAGAAGUAUGAUAGCUCUGCAUCAUCUACCUACCACAAGAAUGGCUCUGAGUUCGAGAUCCGCUACGGUUCUGGCGAGGUGGCUGGCAUCAUCUCCAAGGAUACCCUCCAGAUUGGUGACCUGAAGGUGAAGAACCAACUGUUUGGUGAAGCUACCAACGAGCCGGGCCUGGCUUUCGCCUUCGGCCGCUUCGACGGCAUCUUCGGUCUCGGUUACGACAGUAUUUCUGUCAACCACAUUCCACCGCCAUUCUACAACAUGAUCGACCAGGGUCUGCUGGAUGAGCCCGUCUUUGCCUUCUACCUGGGCGACACCAAUGAGGGGCAGGACAGUGAGGCCACCUUCGGAGGCAUUGAUAAAGACCAUUAUACGGGCAAGAUGACCAAGAUUCCCCUCCGCCGCAAGGCUUACUGGGAAGUUAACCUUGAUUCUAUCACCUUCGGCAAGGACACCGCCGAUCUCGACAACACUGGCGCCAUCCUUGAUACCGGCACCUCUCUGAUCGCUCUUCCGUCCACUCUGGCUGAUCUGCUCAAUGCUAAGAUCGGUGCCAAGAAGGGCUUUAACGGCCAAUACACCGUUGACUGCUCUAAGCGCGAUACUGAGCCCGACAUGACCUUUACUCUUUCAGGUUAUAACUUCUCUAUUACCGCCAAAGACUACAUCCAGGAGAUCCAGGGCAGCUGUAUCAGCGCCUUCAUGGGCAUGGAUUUCCCUGAGCCAGUCGGUCCCCUCGCCAUCCUCGGCGACAGCUUCCUCCGCAAGUGGUAUAGCGUCUAUGACCUCGGCAAUGAUGCCGUUGGUCUUGCUGCUUCGAAUUAA